CCCCUACUUACAUUCUUAUUAAGCCGUUCGAGUAUACCAAAAUGUUGUGGAGAGUGGUAGUCCAGUGGGAGAUUUUAUGUCGCUGCGGAAGAUGGCUGGUAACUUAGAGUGGGUGUCAUGAAAGUUGACAUAAAUCUUCAGAAGGUGGACAUUGACCAAUGUUCAAGUGAUGGCUGGUUUUCAGGAACUCACAAAUGUCACCUUAACAAUUCAGAGUGUAUGCCGAUUAAGGGCCUAGGAUUCGUGCUUGGAGCCUAUCAGUGCAUUUGCAAAGCAGGAUUCUAUCAUCCUCGAGUCUUCUCAGUGAACAGCUUUCAGAGAAGGGGUCCGGAUCACCAUUUUGCAGGAAAUGCAAAGGAUGUGUCAGAAGAAGCCCAUGUCUGCCUGCCCUGCAGGGAGGGCUGCCCCUACUGUGCUGAUGACAGCCCCUGCUUUGUCCAGGAGGAUAAGUACUUGCGACUUGCUAUCAUCUCCUUCCAAGCCCUGUGUGUGCUGCUCGACUGCGUGAGCAUGCUGGUGCUCUACCGCUUUCGCAAAGCAAAGAGCAUCAGGGCAUCGGGCCUUAUCCUGUUGGAAACAAUCCUUUUUGGGUCUCUGCUUCUCUACUUUCCGGUUGUUAUUUUGUACUUUGAGCCAAGCACAUUUCGCUGUAUUCUCCUAAGAUGGGUCCGUCUUCUCGGUUUUGCUACUGUUUAUGGAACUGUCACUCUCAAGCUUCACAGGGUUUUGAAGGUGUUUCUUUCACGAACAGCCCAACGGAUUCCAUACAUGACCGGUGGACGGGUCAUGAGGAUGCUGGCAGUAAUACUCCUGGUAGUGUUUUGGUUUCUCAUUGGCUGGACUUCAUCUGUUUGCCAGAAUUUGGAAAGGCAGAUUUCACUCAUUGGCCAAGGGCAAACAUCAGAUCACCUCAUCUUCAAUAUGUGCCUCGUUGAGCGCUGGGAUUACAUGACAGCAGUUGCUGAAUUUUUAUUCCUCCUAUGGGGUGUUUAUCUCUGCUACGCGGUGCGAACGGUCCCAUCAGCUUUUCACGAGCCACGCUAUAUGGCUGUUGCAGUUCACAAUGAGCUCAUUAUCUCCGCUAUAUUCCAUACAAUUAGAUUUGUUCUUGCCUCAAGACUUCAGUCUGAUUGGAUGUUGAUGCUGUAUUUUGCACAUACUCAUUUGACUGUGACAGUGACCAUUGGGUUGCUUUUGAUUCCAAAGUUUUCACAUUCAAGCAAUAACCCACGAGACGACAUUGCUACAGAAGCGUACGAAGAUGAGUUAGACAUGGGCCGAUCUGGAUCCUACCUGAACAGCAGUAUCAAUUCAGCCUGGAGUGAGCACAGCUUGGAUCCAGAAGACAUUCGGGACGAGCUGAAGAAACUCUACGCCCAGUUGGAAAUCUAUAAGAGGAAGAAGAUGAUCACAAAUAAUCCCCACCUCCAGAAAAAGCGGUGCUCGAAGAAGGGCUUAGGCCGUUCCAUCAUGAGGCGGAUCACCGAGAUCCCGGAGACGGUCAGCCGUCAGUGCUCCAAGGAGGACAAGGACGCGUUGGACCACGGCGCGGCCAAGGGCGCCGUCCCGGGCAGGAGGAACCCGCAGGAGGCUGCGGGCGGCGCCGGGAAGCCCAAGGAGGAGUCCCUGCGGAACCGAGUCUUCUCGCUCAAGAAAUCGCACAGCACGUACGAGCACGUGCGGGAGCAGCCGGGCAGCCCGGGCAGCCCGCCUGCCCCGAGCCGGGAGGAGGAGGCGGCGGCCACGGACGACUCUGCGCUGGGGUCCCCGGCGGGAACGAACCGACCGCGAGCCCUGCAAGACGACAGCCAGGCCGUGUCCACCGAGUCCGUGCCUCUGGUGUGUAAGUCGGCCAGCGCCCACAACCUCAGCUCGGAGAAGAAGCCCGGGCCGCCCCGCACAUCCGUCUUACAGAAGUCCCUCAGCGUCAUCGCCAGUGCCAAAGAGAAGACGCUCGGAUUGGCCGGGAAAACCCAGGCGUCCGGCGUGGAGGAACGGGCCAAAGCCCAGAAAGCUCUGACGAGAGAGAAAGAGACAAACAGAAAAUACUCAAAUUCAGAUAACACAGAGACUCAAGACUCUGCCCCCUCAAACUCCAAUCAUUCAGAGGAGCCAAGAAAACCUCCGAAAUCUGGGAUCAUGAGGCAGCAAAGGGCCAACCCCCCCACUGCCAGUUCCGACCUGAGUCCAGGCGCCCCCCAGAUGAAGGACAGCUUUGACAUAGGGGAGGUGUGCCCCUGGGAGAUCUACGACCUGACCCCCGGUCCUGUGCCUUCAGAAUCAAAAGUUCAAAAGCACGUAUCGAUUGCGGCUUCUGAAAUGGAGAAAACCCCAAGUUUUUCCUUAAAGGGGAAAUCUCAUCCCAAGCCUAAGGCAGCUGAACUAUGUCAGCAGUCCAAUCCGAAGAGCAUAGACAAAGCUGAGAUGUGCCCUUGGGAGAGCCAAGUUCAGCCCCUCUUUGAAGAUGAGAAGUGUGUGAUUUCCAAGACUCAGGUUCCCCCAGGAAGAGCUCAAGGGGAGAAUGGCGGCCAGCACUCUGCAGCCAGUGUGUGUGCUGGGCAGUGUGAAGAAGUGCCUCCCAAAGCCGUAGCAUCAGAAGUGGAGAAUGAAAACCUCAACCAACUAGGAGACCAGGAGAAAAAGACAUCUUCCUCUGAGCAAAAUGUGCCUGACUCAUAUAACUCAAGUAAUAACUUUCAGCAACCCUUAACAUCACGAGCUGAGGUAUGUCCCUGGGAGUUUGAGACCCCAGAUCAACCAAAUGCUGAAAGAAGUGUAGCUUUCCCUGCCUCUUCUGCUUUAAGUGCAAAUAAGGUAGCAGGGCCUCGGAAAUAAGAGGUCUGGGAUAAUUUUAAAGUGUAGCAUCCCCAGAAAGAAAAGGAGAAGGAAGAAACGCUGAAUUCGCUAUAAGACAGAAGAUACAGGAUCACAAAUUCCCAAGGAGUAUUGGUCAGUCAAGGGAAAUGUGAAAGGGAGGGGUGGAAGAAAACAUAGGAGGCCAGGGCAAUGUCGUAAUGGAAUAGUUAGACUGGCCAGGAAAGUCUUGCCCCAGGAAACACUGGGAAAAUCCUUACACUUUAGCAUAUGUUUGGGGGAAGUAGCCCUCAAUGUCUGCCCCUGAUCAAUACUUACCCUUGGGACUUUGAAGAUCCCAAGCAAGGCAAACCAGAAGACACAGAAGAGGGACGAGAUUUGGCAAAGGACAGGAAGGUAUUGACGUAUGUGACCGAAAUUCUAAGUAGCUGACUAAAAAGAACUUUACCUAUUUAACCUUGAUAGCACUGCUAACUUAAUGCAUCCAAAAAUAUCUUUUAUAUUAAUGAUUGCUUUCAUUUUCUUAUAAAUGUCUGUUUCAGUACAUUGUUGUGUCUCAUUCCAGCAUUCCAGAUUGUAUAAUUUUUGCAAAUAACUUUGAUAUUAUGUGACACAACACAUUUAUGCAAUCUGCAGCUACUCAAUUGUUAUUGCAACUUCCAGAAUACCUGCUAUCUAUCAACUUUAGUUGAUUCUUGAAGUACAGUACGCUUUCUCUGGCUUGGGAAGCCAUAACUGUUAUGAUAAAACCUUUUAGUUUUGGCUGUGGUUUAUAUAUUGUGAAUUUGGAUUUGACUCUAUUAUUUCACAUCAUGGUUUGUUAUACUGUCUUAAUAAGGGUUUUUUAUACAAGUUGAGUUUCUUGUUUUGCACUUCCUGUUAGGACUCAGAAGCUUUAUUAAUAUUGGAGAUCAAGUGGUCCUACUUAGUCAUACAUCUCAUUAAGUUAAGGACAACUUAUCUAUUGUUUGUUCAAAGUCAGGGAUAGAUAAUGCCUUCAUUCCAAUUAAUUGUCCCUUUUAACUCUUUCAGGAUUUCAUACUUAGCAGCAUUUCGUAAGGAAGGAAGAAGCUAAGAGUGAGAAAAAUAUACUGUGCAUUAUUAUUACCAUUGGCAAGGGAAGACUCUGGGAAUGACAAGAGAAUUAGAGUACUGCAGAGCCAGGGGAUUUGCCUUUAAAACAAAGACAGAAAGGGAGCUCCCAAUAGCACUUUCAAGGGAUUAUAUUUUUAAAGAGAAAAAUUAUUAUAGCAUCAAGAUCAUUAUAUGGAUAUAUUUUUAUUAUGUAUACUAAAUAUAUAAUAUUUUACAUUACCUUAAACUACUUAUUCUCAUAAACUCUUAUUCAUUGCUUCAGGCAGGGGUAGAACUUGCUGGGCUUGAAUCCCAAAGAGGUUUAUAACCAGAGUUACUCAAAGCCUAUGAGGCAGUGUGGGCUCUUCAUUCUUCCAAGCCCUGGAAAACUUCCAAGUCCUGCAAAUGGCCUAGGUGAGCUACCAGGCUCAAAAUUCCAAAUGUAGGGGUUAUUUGCAAGGCACAGCAGCUCCCAAAGCAUGUUUCAUAAAACGUAUCGCAUUCCACACUGAUCACCUGGCACAGCCACCCGAAGCUACUGAUUUAGCCCUACUGAUGUGAUCAUGCAAAGAGAUUCCAUCGCAAAACUCAGUCUCAUUUUAUUUUAAGGUGAAUCACUUAAAAAUAGAACCCAGACUUCCUUUCUCUCACGCUAAAUGCUGAAGUAUCACGGCUUGUUCGGCCAGAACAUUUAUAGCCUAAAUAACUGUUUUUCAUUUUCUGAGCAGCAAGGAGAACAUGCUAGGAGGGUAGAAGUUGAGAAAAGGGCAUCAGAAGGUGGAUACGGGGCUGUUCUUAGGAAUAUUACUCUCAGUGGAAGAUAAAAACUGGGAAUUCUCCUAUUCAUCAUCAAAAUUUUCCCAGUGAUUUGUAUUCAGGAGUAACAUGCAUUUCACCAUUUUGCAAAGCUGUGCAUAAAUCUCCUCACCCAUUUGCUUGCUUCGUGCAUUACUCAGGAUGGUGGGGUAGGUUUGAAGAGAUGUAGAAAUUCUAUUUGUUUUUGCUUUCUUCAUUUACUUCCUUCUCCGCUUCCUUUUCAGUCAAAGCCUAUCUAUCUACUUAGUGACCUUGGACUACAACUUUAAGGUAUAAAGUUGUGAACUUGGUUUGGAGUGUCCAGACCCACCUACUUGUUUCCUUUACAUCUGAGAUCUGUUAGUACUUUACUGACUUUUUCAGAAAUAAGCGGUCAGGCAUCAGUGACUUUUUACUGCACUUCAGGAUGACCCUGCUAGAGAUGUGGCCUAAAGAAGACUUGCCAGUUUCUACCUUAGUACAGUCCAUAGAGUCUCUUCCACCAGCAUAAAUCAGCAAGAGCGCCUGGGGUCUUUCCUAGACUUUCAUUGCCAUUAUUUAUCACCAAGAGAAGUUUAAAUCUUCAAUCCUUGAGGUUGUUUUCCCAGAUUGAUAACAAUAAGCAAGUGAAGAAACACUAUUAAGUUCACAAACAUUUGCUAGGUUGUCCUUCUCAGUGCAUGUGCAGGCUGCAUCCUGUCCUUGUUUUUAAGCCAGGGUUUAUAAAUAAGUAGAUUUAUACCAAUCUUAAUAGAACUGUAUAUUUUAUGCAAGAGUUAAACGCUUUACGACAUGAAUUAUAACCCAACCCAUUGUAAACGUUGGUGGCCAUAUGGAUUUGAAACUCGACAGUUCUCUUGUAUUUGCUUCCUAGGUCUCUGCAUGCAAGUGAUGACACAGGUAGGACUGAAAAAAAACACUGCCUCUUGACUUCUAGCAUUUAGCAACCGAGAGAUGUAGAGUCAAUAAAGCUGUCAGUCUUUUCACUUAAUCUGUGGUUCUUCUGAAACUAUUAUCUGAAACCUACAGCAUCCCACCACAAAAUAUUUGGUAAAUUUAUGUCGUGACGUGUUGCAGCAUGUAAAUACUUAUAACUUCUCUGCAAUAAAACAUAUUUAUAUGAAAG